GGCAAGGAGAAAUCUCAGCGUGUGGAUAGUAAAGCCCAGAGAUUGUAUAUUUGGGUCAGGAAAAAAGAAGCAGAGGAUCCAUAACUUUCAAAUCAUAUACUAGCAACACAAUCUCCGGCAAUACCAACGGCAAUGGCUUCUGUAGCAACAACCAGCUCUUCACUGUUCACCCCGUUCGUUUCCCUUCGCCGCAAUUCCAAAUUCUCACUGUUCUUCCCAACGCAGCACCUUACAAACUACAAACCCCAAAUCUUUGUCCUCUCUUGUUUUCCUCCAAAGACAAUUCCGGUGACUGAGCAACAAGUUUUACAAGCAAUUGCCGAUACAUCAGACCAAAAGAGACUCCCGUGUGUUAGAACAUACGAAAAUGAUUUGUCUCAGCUAACUCUCGUCGGAGCUGUUGACUCCCGGCAAGCUAUCACGGCAGGCGCGGCUGAUGGCGGAAAUGUUGCGGUGGAACACAUUGACGCUGGUAUGGAUGCUAUGGUUGUUGAAACCGUUUUUCCUGCUUCUUCCGGUGACCACAGCACCAUUUCUACUCGGCUGUUCUUACCGGCUAGGAAAGUUAAAGAAAGGGCUGCUAAGCUCAAAAAGUCUCUCUCAGAAGAUAUAUUUUCCAAUACCACAUCUAAGAAUGUCUUGACUAUGACAUUUAGGCAAGUGGUUUUGGAGCAGAUUUGGACCUAUUAUCUCACUGUCUUUCAACCGGGAGAAGAACGAAAAAUGGAGGAUCUUGAAAACCCUAGAGAGGUUCCUGCAUCUUUCACUCUCAGUUCAUCCAAUGAAUAUCUUAUCUCCGUGCUUGCAGAAGUUGUUUGCAUCUCUGCUCUCCAAAGUACUCAAAAGCAAUUUCUUGAUAAAUCACAGGGUGGUAGUAGAAAUGGUUUCUUUCACUGGUUUCAAAAGCCUGAAAGGAUACAAUCAAAGGAUUCUGUGGUCAUCUUGCACAAAUUAUUUGAAGAUGAGAUAGUUGAAAAUGCAAGAAGUCUAUUGGAUAAAUAUCACAUGAUGAAGGAUGGAUUCAAGCCUGUGAAAAUAAAAUCAGGGCGCUUUUGGUGGAAACCUUCCUGUUAUGAAAAAUUAGAGAAAAUUGGUGGUUCUGAUUUUAGUGCUUGGACAAGUGAGUAUGUACCUGCAUAUCGGUUAGAGAUUGACCCCAAAAUAAUGGGAGAUGCAAAAUUUCAGGGCUGGAAGAUGUCUGCAGAGAAUAGGUUGGAAGUUCUUUUGACCCACUCUCAAAUGGUUGGCUUGGCAGAAACGUUAGAUAUGUACUAUGUGGAUCCCUAUUCGUUAUCAGAUAAGGAAUUAUCCUGCGGAGUGGCGGCCAAGUAUGCCAACGUGUCCAAUAGAAAGGGGGGUUCUUUAUCAAAAAUAUUGUCAGCCAUUCUUGCAAGUGGCAUGUUUCUUGUAGCAAUCAGUGCUUUGGGUCAAUUUCGUUUAUCUCGUUUAAGCAAGGAAAGGAAACAUCCCGUAGAACAUAGGUCUCUACCAACAUCUGAAGUCAACGUUAUGCAUGACUCUUUGGAUACAACAAAGGUGGAAGAGUUUUGUGUCUCAACUGUUGCUAAGUUGAAGGAUGCUUAUGGCUGGUCAGAUGAAAUUAAGGUAGAAGAUGGUAUCAGUGCUUGGAUUGGAGAAUUGCCGGCUUACUUGCAAGGUGAAUGCGUUGAUUUACUUUCUACGUCUUCAGAGGAUAUAGAUGCUGAUGCAAAAGUGUCAAUGCAGGAUAUUGCUAGUUACCAGGUGGUUUUCACUAGUGAGGGGAAAAUAGUUGGUUUUCAACCCUUGAGUCGGGUGGCGGUUAAUCAGUGGGCUGGUAAUCCUCUGGCAAGGGAGCUGUAUGGAGGGAAAAAGCUUACCCCAGGCAUCGUUGAACCAGGUCUCAGGAUUCCCCUUCCAAAAAAAGUAACUGUUGUAGAGUUGCUCAUGUCAGUUAAACCAGAUGCUUAUUUUGCAAUGGCUAGGCCAUAUCAGUGAUCCUUUUUCUUGGUAAGUAUAUUCAACCAGACUAGAAGUUAUGCCUUAAUAAAACUGGAUUACAAUUGAAGAUGAACCAAGGCUGGGACUAUGGGAAGAGUUAAAGAUUAGAGUUGUCGAUGCGGGUUUUAUUUUUGCAAGAAAUGGCAGCUUUGGUAAGUUUUUUAGCCUCAUUUGUUUGUUGUGAAAGUGAGCUGUGUAAGGGAUAGCAAAAUUGGCAUCGUAUUUUGGGUUUUUCUAAUAAUAUUGAUUUCACUAUGAACUUUUGUAAAUAGAAAAGUACAAAUAGAAGAUGGCAUAAGCCAAUUGUUCAAUGGAAAAUCAAAAGAGCAUUUGUACUGAUAA